AUGGGGGCGACCCCCGCUCGGCGGCUCCUGGCCCUGCUGGGCCCCGAGCGCUGCGCGGCGGUGGCGGCGCUGAUGGGGGCGUCGGUCCUCGCAGGGGCCGUGGCAGUGACAGCGCGGGUCACGGGGGAUGUGGAGGCCACCCACGCGGCCGUGUCUGAGGCCCUCAGCCUCUUGCUGUGGUACCUGGGGAGGGGCAUUUUUCUCCUGGUCACCAUGGCCUGGUUAUCACCUCACCUGGCCUUUGUCACCCUCCUGGCACUGCCUGCCCUCCUGUUGCUGCCCCGGCACAUUGGCAAAAUCCAGCAGGGGCUGUCGCGGCAGGUGCAGGAGGCUCUGGCAGGUGCCACCGCGGUGGCCAUGGAGACCUUCCAGGCCAUGGCCACUGUCCGCAGCUUCGCCCAGGAGGCCGGGAUGGCCGGGAGGUACAACAAUAGCCUUGAGGAGGGUGACAGGGCCUGUCCCCCAGUGGUGACCUCCUGGUGGUGUCCCCAGUUUUCAGCCCUGGCCCUGAAGUUGGGGCUCCUCUGCUGUGGGGGACAGCUGGUGGCCGCAGGGACCAUCACCACUGGGGACCUUGUCACCUUCCUCAUCUACCAGAUGCAGUUCACUGAGGCUGUGGAGGUCCUGCUCCGCUACUACCCCGACAUGACCAAGGCUGUGGGCUCCUCAGAGAAGAUCUUUGAGUUCUUGGACCAGGAGGAGGGGGCGACACCUGUGGGGACGCUGGCACCCGAUGUCCUGCAGGGCCACCUCCAGCUUGAGGACGUCUGGUUCUCCUACUCUGAGCACCAAGAGCCUGUCCUGAAGGGUGUAUCCCUGAAGCUGUGCCCCGGGGAGGUGCUGGCAGUGGUGGCCCCCCCUGGGGCAGGGAAGAGCACCCUGGUGUCCCUGGUCCUUCACCUGCAGCGGCCGAGGGCUGGGCAGGUGCUGCUGGAUGGUCACCCCCUCUCCACCUACCAGCACCCCUACCUGCGCCUCCAGGUGGCCGCUGUCCCCCAGGACCCCGUGCUCUUCUCCCGCUCCCUCCACGCCAACAUCGCGUACGGGCCGCGGCACUGGGGGCGCGCAGAGGUGGCCGCCGCGGCGCGCAGGGCGGGUGCCCACACCUUCAUCACCCGCCUGCCCCGGGGAUAUGACACAGAGGUGGGUGAGCUGGGGGGGCAGCUCUCCGGGGGACAGCGACAAGGGGUGGCCAUCGCGCGUGCCCUGCUGAGAGACCCUCGUGUCCUGGUCCUCGACGAGCCCACCAGUGCCCUGGAUGCCGAGAGCCAGCGGCAGGUGGAGCAGGAGAUCUUUGGAGGCAGCGGGGCCGGGCGCGCGGUGCUGCUGGUGACAGGGCAGGUGGCCCUGGCCCUGCGGGCACAGAGGGUGGCCGUGCUGGAGGGGGGGCAGCUG